AUGUACGACAAGGACGAUGUCCAUCACAAUUCCGUUGGUUAUUACACUACCGCUGGCAACGGGCUGCACCCCCCCUCGCCGUUGCAUUUCCUACCUUCUCCACCGAACGGACUUUCCCCAUCAAGAUAUGUCUCGGUCGCGGCGCAGGUUGUAUAUAUUGGUGUCCAUGCAGAAACACACAAACCAAUACCCAUGGUGGCGCGCGUCUCGAUGACCGAUUAUCGAGGAAAUAUUCUCUUGGAUACCUAUGUCCGACCCACCCAUGUCGUCACUGAGUAUAGGUCGUCGGCAACUGGAUUACAAUGCGAGCACCUAGCAACAGCUCCUGCAUUCGAGGAUGUUCAGCGGCGGGUCUAUGGUCUCAUAAAGAACAAGGUGCUAGUCGGACAUUCCCUAUGGGUGUUCCUAUCGGUGCUAGGACUCAAGCAUCCAACCAUACAUACCCGCGAUUUGGCCUUGUUCCUCCCUCUGCGACGAAGACUAAAGACUUCGAAGGCCGUGGAUUUAUCCAUACUCGUCCAUCAUUUCAUGGGGCGUAACGUUGGACUAGAUUACGAAGACCCGCUUGAAAUGGCCCGCGCAGCUAUUGACCUCUUCCGGUCCUGUGAAGAAGUCUUCGAGGACGUGAUCAGAACAGGUGCAUGGCCCUGCGACCUCCCCCCUGUCUCUUACGCAGAGUAUUUUACUUAG